GGUCAAGCAGAUUUGAUUGCGAAUUGCGAUUAAUUUUUCACGCUUCUUCUCUCUCUCGUUCCCAUUUCCCGCCAACUGAAGGAAAAGAGCUCACAAGAAAUCAAGAAUUGUGAGGUUGGCUCUCGUUUCUCUCGUCUUGUUCGCUGUUUGGUUUCCGAGAAAAUCCUCGCUACUUCUUCACACAACUUGACUUCUGAGAAGAUCGUUUCUUCUUUUUCAGUAGCCAUCGACGAACUGCAGCCUCGAUUUCGAUUCAAGUUUGAAAUUUCCAUUUCUCAUCACCAAGAAAACAUGAAUCAGGACAUCGAAGCGUCUCCUUCGCCAAAGAAGCAGUUCUCCAAUGUAACUGUCUGCUCUCGCUUCAGGCCACUGAAUUCAAAAGAGAGGAAGGAUCACGGUGGCCAGGUUUGCGUGUGCCGCAUCGACGACGAAACUUUCGUCUUCAAGGAUGAGAAGGAAGAAGAGUCUACUUUCAGCUUCGAUAAGGUUUUCUACGAGGAUUCUCUGCAAGCUGAUGUCUAUGAAUUCAUAGCCCUGCCUAUCGUUCGUGAUGCUGUUAAUGGAGUGAACGGGACGAUAAUCACUUAUGGACAGACGGGAGCCGGGAAGACGUAUAGCAUGGAGGGACCAAAUGUUCUAGAAUCAGAUGAUAUGAAGAAAGGGCUACUUCCAAGAGUAGUAGAUGGACUGUUUGAGCAUCUUGCGUCUGCUGGUGAUUCAAUCAAGUACAAGAUCACGCUAUCCAUGGUUGAGAUCUACAUGGAGAAAGUCAGGGAUCUCUUUGACUUGUCUAAAGAUAAUUUAGUGAUCAAGCAGAAUAAAGACCAUGAGAUGCUGGUUUCUGGAGUGACAGAGAUUCAUUUGUCAGACACAGGAGAAGCUUUGCAAAACCUACAUGCUGGAAUACAAAAUAGAGCUGUUGGGGAAACUCAAAUGAAUCUGGCAAGCAGUCGAAGCCACUGUGCCUACAUAUUCACAGUCCAGCCAGUUUCGACCAGGGAUAGGGGAAGGACAGGGAAAUUGGUGCUUGUUGACUUGGCAGGAUCUGAGAAAGUGGAGAAAACUGGAGCUGAAGGGAAACUUCUUGAAGAAGCUAAGACCAUAAACAAAUCCCUAUCAGCUCUAGGGAACGUGAUAAAUGCUCUAACAUGCAGUUCAUCCAAAUCUAAUCACAUACCUUAUCGUGAUUCUAAGCUGACCAGGCUUCUUCAAGAUGCUCUAGGAGGAAACUCUAGGACUGCUUUAAUCUGUUGCUGCUCGCCGAGUACCUCAAACUCUUCAGAAACAUUUUCCACUCUUCGUUUCGGUACCAGGGCAAAGCAUAUAAAGACAUCGCCUACUGCUAAACGGAUAAUUGAUGAGGAAACUGGAGCCAGAUGGAAUGCACUCGAUGUUCCAGCAAAAGAGGAGUCUGGCGAGAGAACACUAGCUGAGGUGAAGUUAAUACCAACUGUCAAACCUAUUGAUCAUGCAUCAGAUGCCCCAAAGAAAGAUGAUCAUCAUGGGAGAAUUCUAGCCAAGUUGAGGGAGAGAUUGGAUGACGAGGAUGUCAACUUGCUCGAGGAAUUACUCAUACUGGAGGGAAUGCUGUUUGAUCCCAGUGCAGAAGGAGUGCGGAUCCCAUGACUAAGGGGGGGUCCUUAGACACUUGACUAAGCCCCUCCUAGCCAUUAGAUCUGGACACUUUAAUCUAAUAGUUAAAAAGUGGGAAGGACUAUUUAAUUAAUGACAGGGGUAGUU